AACCGACGAUGGAUCGGACUCUGAGAUUGAUUGAUCGAUUCAGUGCUAGCUUGAGGCCCAUAUAGUUGGAAGAUCGGGCCGACCAAGGCCCACCCGAUCCAGCAAGCUGCAACGCGCAAGGAAAAGCCUUUGAAUCAACAGUUCAGAGCAGCGGGCUUGGUUAAUCCGCCCAUUAAUUCAAGAGUCCGACCCGGUCAGUGCUUAAAUGUCACGCCCACGUAGGGAAGUCACAUCAGAGUCAGCCCCAAAGGUCAAAGUAGGCCCCGGCCGUCCCCACCAGAAUCUCGACGUGCAGGCAGAAAAGUCGAAGCAAACCCACAGUGUCAACUCUGGCUCAAUAGCGUACGCGCCCCCAUCAACAGCUCAAAUCCAUCGUGCUGCUCUUCUUCAUUUCCCAACCACCCCGCCAUCGAAAUCAGCCAGCGUUUGCUGCGUAUGCUUUCGUGGAGCAAACGGCCAUAGAUCAAAAGGUCGAGACCCAUUGCUGCCUCCUAGCAUUUCCAAAAAGGAAUUGGUCGAAAGAAGAAAGAGGUUUGAAAGACAGAAACGUUCAACACCCUAUUCCACUACUACUAGGAAAGGUAGACAGAAAGGAAGAACCUUCAAAAACACGCGGCCGCCUCUCCCUCUCUCUCUCCAGUCUCCACCUGACCUGCCGCUUUCCGCCCAAUGAAUAUGAAUUCCUACCCGCCACCAUCGGAUCGCGAUCGACAAACCAAGCAACCAGCAGCAAAAGGAAAACGAACCCACCAGGGGUCGCAGACAACUCCAAAACCGCAUCCGCGGCUCGCCCGAUCCCCCCGAGCGGCGACAGCGAUGGAAGUCAAGCCGCACACGGCACGGGCCCUCGUCGGCCGCCUGCGCGCCGCCGCCGCCGCCUGCGACGCGGCCGCGGCCGUGGCCGCCAUCCGCCUCGCCUCCAAGGACGACCCGGAGAUCCGCGCGCCGCUGGCGGACGCCGGCGCCGUGCCCCUGCUCGCCGCGCAGCUCGCGGGCCCCUCCGCCGCCGCGGGCGUGGACGCCGCCGCCGCGCUCCUCAACAUCUCCAUCUCCGCGCGGGAGCAGCUGGCGUCCGCGCCGGGCCUCCUCGACGCGCUCACCGCCGCGCUCCGCACCGACGCCGCGCACCACGCCGCAGCCACCGUGCACAGCCUCCUCUGCGCCGAGGCCCACCGCGCCACCAUCGGCGCGAGGCGGCCGCUCCUCGCCGCGCUCGUCGCGCUCCUCCGCGCGCGCCCCAGCACCCGCGCCACCAAGGACGCGCUAAAGGCGCUCUUCGGCGUCGCGCUCUACCCGCCCAACCGCGCCACGCUCGUCUCGCUCGGCGCCGUGCAGGCGCUCUUCGCGCUCGUCAUGACGGACGGACGCCACGGGAUCGUCGAGGACGCCACCGCGGUCGUCGCGCAGGUGGCCGGGUGCGCCGAGUGCCUAGAGGCCUUCAGGUGGGUGUCCGGGGUGCGGAUCCUCCUGGACCUCGUCGAGCCGGGGGGCGCCGAGACGGAGAGGGCCAGGGAGAACGCGGCCGCCGCGCUGCUCAACCUCGUCGUGGCCGGGGGCGAGCCGGCGGUGGCCGAGGUGCUCGCGGUCGGCGGAGCCGAGGAGACCGUGCGGGAGCUGGCGGAGGACAGCGCGGCCAGCCCGAGAGGGAAGGCGAAGGCGGAGGCGCUGCUGAGGGCGCUGGAGGGCGCCGCGAGGAAGCGCGAGCACCGGCUCGCCGAUUUCCUCAACGGGUUAGUGCAGUCGGAUCCGUACAUCUCGUCGCCGGCGUCGGCGUCGGCGGUCGACGCACGGCUAGUCGAAGGCUGACGCGUAGCGGUUGACCGGCCACACCUCCUGUAGAAAAACUACUCCAGCGGCGUAUAGUAUGUAGCUUUGGCUAAAAAUACAUGCAUGCAUUUGUUGAUUCAUGUGAAUAUAUACUUGUAGAACUAAAUAUAGAUUAGAGGAUUUCCGCGUGCUUUUGUUGAUUCAUCACUAAUAUUUCUUGUGUGCAGUUCAUGUGAACACUGUAGCACUAAAUGUUAGUGAUGGUUUUGAUGUUGACCCCAGCUUCAAUCUGCAUCCAUCCAAAAUUUCAAAAGGAACAAAUUCUUUGCUCUUCUA